AAACAACCCGCCAGCACCAAGAGCUCAGAGAUGCCACAGAGAGGACUCGCCGCAAGGACACCAAGCCCGCAGACACCAUCAACCAGCACAACAUCAAGCACAGCCCGGAGAGCAAUAGGCAACAGAAGACAACAGCCAUAAUGCAGUGCAAUGGACGUGAAGGAUCUCCCGCAGAUGACAAAGGACAUACAGAUAAGUAUAACUCAUACCAAGGCCUAUGUAAAGCCAAUGACAUUGACUCACAUCCCCACGACACAUACCCUGUCCCGACCACUCGCAGGUGGCAACACCACCAGACUAGGCCUACUACCACAUGGACUAAAGAUGGCAGACAAGCUACAGUUACACCUCAACGCAUAGGACUAUGGGGCUGGUACAUCACCAAGGGAGACCGCCGCCAACUUAAAUCCCUUGGAAACAUCUGGGAACGACU